AUGCAAGGUAUUUGUUAUGCUGGAGAUGUGGAUCUCCAGAACCUGGGCUCCAGCCAGUGCACGGCCCCCGGCCGGGAAGGGGGAGCGGGGUGCAGGUGGCAGCAGCAGGGUGGCGGAGGAGCUGGGGGCCGGCUCCGCGCUGCCCGGCGGUGCAGAGGUGAGGGUGUUGAAGGCAGCCUCUCCAACUAUGUCAGGUCCUUGGCAAUUGGUCACCAGUAUUCCUCCCUGGGGACUCAGCCCAUCCUCUGCGGGAGCAUCCCAGGACUGGUCCCCAAGCAGCUACGCUUCUGUCGGAACUACGUGGAGAUCAUGCCCAGCGUAGCAGAAGGGGUGAAGAUUGGGAUCCAGGAGUGCCAGCACCAAUUUCGAGGGAGGAGGUGGAACUGCACAACUGUCAAUGACAGCCUAGCCAUCUUCGGGCCCGUGCUAGAUAAAGCUACCAGGGAAUCAGCCUUUGUCCAUGCCAUUGCCUCUGCUGGAGUGGCUUUCGCAGUGACCAGAUCCUGCGCCGAGGGCUCAGCCACCAUCUGCGGCUGUGACACUCGCCACAAAGGCUCUCCAGGGGAAGGCUGGAAAUGGGGAGGCUGCAGCGAGGACGUGGAGUUUGGGAGCAUGGUGUCUCGGGAGUUUGCUGAUGCCCGGGAGAACAGACCAGAUGCUCGGUCAGCCAUGAACAGGCACAACAACGAAGCUGGAAGGACCUCUAUUAUUGAGCUCAUGCAUCUGAAGUGCAAAUGUCAUGGCCUCUCAGGCAGCUGCGAAGUGAAGACCUGCUGGUGGUCUCAGCCAGACUUCAGGGUCAUCGGUGACUACCUCAAGGACAAGUACGAUAGUGCUUCUGAAAUGGUGGUGGAAAAACAUCGGGAAUCCCGUGGCUGGGUCGAGACCCUCAGGCCCAAAUACAACUUCUUCAAGGCUCCAACUGAGAAGGACCUGGUUUACUACGAGAACUCACCAAACUUUUGUGAGCCCAACCCCGAGACAGGUUCCUUCGGGACCCGUGACAGGAUCUGUAAUGUCACUUCCCACGGGAUUGACGGUUGCGACCUUUUGUGCUGCGGCCGCGGGCACAACACGAGGACUGAGAAACGGAAAGAGAAGUGCCACUGUAUCUUUCACUGGUGCUGCUAUGUCCGCUGCCAGGAGUGCAUACGAGUCUACGAUGUCCACACGUGCAAAUAAAGUGGGCAAAAUCCUUUGCUGGGCUCCAAGUGGAGAAACAGAUUCGAGCCUACUUCCUCUGAGGUUGCAGACAUGAGAGAAGUCUACUUUUUGAUAUUAAAAGAAUUAAAAAAUAAAAAAAUAAAGGCUAAAACUGGUUGGAUAGAAUAGGUCUAAUGACUUCUGGGCUAUCCUGAGGUACAUCUGGCAGUCAUACAAGUUACGCCACAAUGAUGCAUCCUGUAGGAGACAGCGGCUUUAUAACUAGCCGUCGACACAGCUGGAAAGAAGAGCAUCAGCAAAAGCAUGGAUUUGCUCUGCUCUCGCCCACUUGAAGUGACUUGUGUGAUUAAGUGUCCUUUGAAAGACUUGCAUCUUCCUAUGUAUCUCCUUUUCCCUCAGCCAGGGAGAGGCUGUGUUGGACAGCAGCACUAAGCUUUCUGAGAUCUAUCUACAUACCCAAAUGGCCAGACUCUGUGCAUAAUAUGAGCAACAACAACAGCAGCAAAAGAAAUAAAAGCAGAUAAGUUAAUGAUUUUUUUAAAAAAAUGCAAAUUUUCCUUUGCUUUUGCCCUGGAACCAGGGAAGUCUACAAAUAUAUUAUAGAGCUGUAGAGUGGACAGGCUCUUCGCAUGAACUUUUUAGCAUAGUAGCUUCUGCCAGAUUUGACAUAGGAUGCAGUGACACCUUUAGAGUGGGAGGGAGGGAGAAGGAAAGGGAAAAGGAGAGAAGAAAGAGGACUGCCGAUGGUUUCCUGCAAAUGCCCUGUUGGCACACAGGUGAUGUGCAUGGUACAAAAAAUUUCAGUGCCUGAUAAGUGAAGUGAAGAGGACUCGGUCUGUGCAUUGAGAAGGAGACAGUCCCAUGAUGGACGUGGUGCUCCAGCUGUGGCUCAGCUAAUGAGUCUUCCUCGGAAAAAAAACAAGCGGUGCAGGGUGAUUCUCCUCGGGCUGAACUGCAGCUGGGAGUGGGAUAUCUGACUCCUGAGCACCCCAACUCACUCCAGUAGAGGAGGAGAGGGAAAGUGUUUAUCCCUCCCACUCCAUUAAAGAACACCAUUAAAGAACAGUGGAAAGUGCACUUAGUCCAUCCGCUCUCCGCACCCUAUGCAGGCUUCCCCCGGGCACUUAGCAAAACCCUUAGACCACAAGUCUGUCAGGAACAUGACUCUGAAGGACUGUUUGUCACCCAGUAAUUUACGUGAUGGUGAACCAACCCUCUCCCCCCGCAAAUUGGAACAUUUUCAGACUCUAGACAAAUUUGGUUCCUCGCCUAAUUUCUACAGCCAUUCCCAUAUCUAAAAGUGGCCCAGGUUAAAAUGCAUGGAAUCCAGACUCUGAAUGAGCCCAGAGGUUGGACUCAGAGCCAAAUCCCAACUGUGCAGUGCUGCCCCGUCUCCGCUCUUCACUUCCAACUGCCCUUCUUUGCACGCUGCUCUACUUCAGGCAUCAGAUCAGGAUUGCCAGUUUACAGAAACACCUCUCCCUUCUUCUGCAGGCAUCAGGGCUUCCUUCAGCCACGUGGGUAUCGGGCCUGAAUCUCAGCCCAUCUCGUUGGUAUUUACAGCACUGUAAUUCUGCUCUCUGCUUGAGUUAUUCCUGGUCAAUACCAGCAAAAAUGAGUGGUGAAUUGAGCAUGGAGUCGUAGCCUGUUUAGCCUCUGAUGCAGUUGCCCUAUGAACUCUUUGACUCAUUCAUACCCUUGAGUUCCUAUCUUGGGAAAGAGACUAAGGAUUGGCAUUUUUUCUUUCCUUUCAUUGAGGGAGAGAGAUGGGUUGUGAUCUAACUCCCAGCAAGCCAUAAGAGUCUUUUCAUGGAGAGCAAGGCAAUGUAAUCAUGAUUGUUAGCUAGUUCACACCUGGAUAUCUGUGUAGAGAAAUCAGAGGGCUCUUCUCUCACAGCACAUCAGCUUGUUCCCGGAACAGAAAGAGAGAGUAUGCAGAAGAGACAGGGAACAAAUAGAGCUUAAUCCCAUCAGAGAGAAAACGGGAAACGAUCCCUCCAAGGGUUGACUCCAUGAGUCAUGGCGUCUCCCAGGACUACUCCUAGGCUGGUACAGUUUAUGCAUCACCCACCGUAUGUCUCAGGGCUGUGCCCAAGGACACGAUGAAGGUUUGCGUAUUGAUGGAGGCACUUCUGUUAAUGCUCUGAAAAAAAACUGCAAUGAAAUGAGAAGAGAGAUACAGGAGGGAGGGAAGGAGAGAAGAAAAGAUCAAGAGAGACAAAGAAAGAAAUGGGGAGAAAACUGAUUAAUCUGUACAUGUAAACAUUGCAUGCAGUGGAUGGUCACACAUCAGCUGAUGGAAAGCGAUAAGUCACUAAAAAUUGAGAAAAAGAUGAACCAAUGAAUAGAAAUAUGGCUGAUUUUUAUAAAACUGUCUUAGGGAAAAGGAAAAUCUGAUCAUUAUAGCAAAUAGAGAAAGAGGCCACUACAGGGGGAAAUUGCCACAGUAACCAAUAUUCAAACACAAGCUGUCAAGAAAGAAAACACUAAAGGAAAAUACAUACAAGGUGGAAGGCAUUAAUUGAAAAAAAAUAGACAAGGGAAGUUAAGUCUGGUUUAUUUAAUGUAAUGUAGUGCUAGCAGUCACAGUGAGAGAUGUUACACAUAUCCUGCCAGGGACUUUUGUCAGUAAACACUGCCCCAACAGUGUGGAUGCAAAUCACUGCAGAUCGUGUUCUGUCUCGGUCCAUUGACUUCAGCAGGACCACACCCGCAACUAAUUUUACCCUGAUAUCUUUAAACAAAGUGAUUUCAAACUCCUUGUUUUACACCAUGCCAGUGAAGAAAUGGGUUGAAGGAUUUGGCUUCCAUGCAUGGGGGCACUGAAUUUUAACCCCAGCCCAUCUGCAG